AUGGACCAAGAAAAGACCGACCGCAUCGUGACCAAAGACAACCGCGUCGAGCUCCAGGACUCAGACGCUUGGGACAAGCUGGGCUACAGCUUCCCGACAUGGCGCAAGUGGCAGAUCCUCUGCGUCGUCUUCCUCAUCCAGGUCUCCAUCAACAGCAAUGCAUCCAUGUACGCUAACGCCGUUACGGGGAUCCACGAGAAGUUCGGCGUCACGAAGCAAACCGCCCGUGUGCCGCAGUUGCUCUUCCUCGUAGCGUACGGGUUCGGAUGCGAGCUCUGGGCGCCGUGGUCCGAAGAGUAUGGCCGCUGGCCCAUCCAGCAGCUCAGUCUGUUCCUGGUGAACAUGUUCCAGAUUCCAUGUGCGCUGUCGAAGAACUACGGCACGUAUGUCAUCUGUAGGUUCCUCGGUGGCUUGUCGACGGCUGGUGGGUCAGUCACUCUUGGAGUGCUGGCCGAUAUGUGGGAACCUGAUGAGCAGGAGUACGCUGUGGCAUUCUUGGUCCUAUCCAGCGUCGGCGGUAGCGUUAUUGGCACACUCAUUGGCGGUUUCGUGGAGGCGUAUCUGAGCCUGCCGUGGGUAUUUUGGAUGCAACUAAUACUUGGUGGAUUCGUGCAGUUGGUCCAUUUGGUUUGCAAUCCGGAGACUAGAUCGACUAUCUUGCUUGACCGAGAGGCACGGAGAAGGAGGAAGACGGGCGAAGAUCCCAACUGCUAUGGUCCGAAUGAGAUUAGGACAAAGAGGAUGUCCUUUAAGGAGUUCCGUACCAUCUUCUGGAGGCCUUUUUACAUGUUCUUCACUGAGCCAAUUGUCCUCUGGCUAUCGCUGCUCUCUGGGUUCAGCGAUGCCCUUAUCUUCACGUUUCUCCAGUCCUUCCAGCCCGUCUAUGAGCAAUGGGGUUUUGGCACCAUUGGUGUGCAUCUAGCCUUCCUCCCUCUUCUCAUUGGGUACAUUCUAUCCUACCUCUCCUACCUACCGUCGAUCCGUCACUUCCGUGCAAAGCGGCGCAAAGACCCCAACAGCGUGAAACCCGAGGCACGACUGUGGUGGCUCCUCUUCCUCGCCCCUCUCGAAACAAUCGGCCUCUUCGGCUUCGCAUGGACAUCUCUAGGGCCUGACUACGGUAUCCCAUGGAUAGCCACCAUGAUCUUCUCCUGCAUGGUCGGCAUCGCAAAUUACGCAAUCUACCAAUCCUCAAUCGACUACCAAACCGCCGCCUACGGUCCGUAUGCCGCCAGUGCGACUGGCGGUAACGACCUAGCCCGAGACUUCCUCGCCGGUAUCGCCGCCUUGUACUCCACGCCAAUGUACACCAAGAUCCCUGGUCGACCCCUCGAGUAUGCGUCGACCAUCCUUGCGUGCAUGGCUAUUUUGGUCACUAUCCCGGUGUAUAUAGUGUAUAAGAAGGGGCCUGAGAUCAGGGAGAAGAGCAAGUUUGCGCAGAGCUUGGACAAGAGUAGGGAGGCGAGCAAGGAGAAGAGGAGGAAGAGUGGGGUUGGUAGGAAGGAUGUUAUUGAGGAGAAGUGGAGGAAGGAUAGUGUUUAA